AUGGCUCCUAUCACUACCAGCCGCGUGGAAUUCGAUGAAAUUCCCACAGUUGUGGGGAUCGUCAGUGCAUUUGGCCUCGUCUUUACCGUCUCUCUCUUUGCUUGGAUCUGCUGCCAGAGAAGGUCAUCUAAGUCCAACAAGACUCCCCCAUACAAGUUUGUGCAUGUGCUCAAAGGAGUUGAUAUCUACCCUGAAAACCUAAGUAGCAAAAAGAAGUUUGGAGGAGAUGACAAAAAUGAAGCUAAGAAUAAACCAGCUGUGCCAAAAAUUUCAUUGCAUCUUGAUCUGGAGAAGCGAGACCUCAAUGGCAAUUUCCCCAAAACCAACCUUAAAGCUGGCAGCCCUUCUGAUCUAGAGAAUGUGACCCCAAAGCUCUUUACAGAGAGAGAAAAGGAGGCUACUUCCCCUGAGAGCUUGAAGUCCAGUACUUCCCUCACUUCAGAAGAGAAGCAAGAGAAGCUGGGGACACUCUUCUUGUCUCUAGAGUACAACUUUGAGAAGAAAGCAUUUGUGGUCAACAUCAAGGAAGCCCAGGGCUUACCAGCCAUGGAUGAGCAAUCUAUGACCUCUGAUCCAUACAUCAAAAUGAUGAUCUUACCGGAGAAGAAGCAUAAAGUGAAAACCAGAGUGCUGAGGAAGACACUGGACCCAGUUUUUGAUGAAACCUUUACAUUCUACGGAAUUCCUUAUCCCCACAUCCAAGAGUUGUCCUUGCAUUUCACAGUUUUGAGUUUUGACAGGUUUUCGAGAGAUGAUAUCAUUGGAGAAGUCCUGAUCCCUCUUUCAGGGAUUGAAUUAUCAGAUGGAAAAAUGUUAAUGAAUAGAGAGAUCAUCAAGAGAAAUGCUAAGAAGUCUUCCGGACGGGGAGAGCUUCUGGUCUCUCUCUGCUAUCAGUCCACUACAAACACGCUCACUGUGGUUGUCUUAAAAGCACGGCACCUACCGAAGUCUGAUGUGUCUGGACUUUCAGAUCCGUAUGUCAAGGUGAACCUGUACCAUGCCAAGAAGAGGAUCUCUAAAAAGAAGACUCACGUUAAAAAGUGCACUCCCAAUGCAGUGUUCAAUGAACUGUUUGUCUUUGAUAUUCCUUGUGAGAGUCUUGAAGAAAUAAGCGUUGAGUUUUUAGUUUUGGAUUCUGAACGGGGAUCCCGAAAUGAGGUCAUUGGGCGGUUGGUCCUGGGUGCAACAGCAGAAGGAAGCGGUGGGGGACAUUGGAAGGAGAUCUGUGACUUUCCUAGGAGACAAAUUGCUAAGUGGCAUAUGCUCUGUGAUGGGUAG